AUGGACACCACCAAGCACGACUACUCCCCCGUUGCCUCGUCCGAUAUAGAGUCGUCCCGAACCUCUGAUGAGCAGCGACGGGCCCUCCACAGACAACAUGGACGAUCCAUAUACUUCCACUAUACACUCUACUCCCUCUUACUGCUGUCAAACAUUGUGCUUUUCGGCCUCUGGUGGCGGGCCACUAUACUGAGCGAGGUGUGCGUCCGACCAAAACUGUCUUAUUCUCCCGCCAAACAAGUCAUAUCCUACGAACAGCGACGUCUCAAACGGGAUAUCGAAAACAACGUGUUCACAGGCAAUCCCCGCCCCGAAUUCGACGCAGCAUGGAAACAUCUCCUCGAGCCCAUGACAAUCAAAAUCUCCUCCGAAGAACUCUCCCACCUCCCAGACCCAAGCAUCGCCUUCAAAGAUGGAUCAGGGUACAUCGCAGAGUUAGCCGUAUACCACGAAAUCCACUGCAUCAAACGCAUCCGUCGCCACUUCCAUCUCGAUCGGUACUAUCCCAAUAUGACGGAAGAUGACCGUAUCCGGGAGGAGGCCCACAUCGACCACUGUCUCGAGUACUGGCGCGAGGCAGCCAUGUGCCGCGGCGAUACGACCCUGGCGACCUUCCGCUGGGUCGACGGGCUGCCGUAUUCGCGGGUGUAUAGCGACCACGAGUGCGUGAACUGGGAGGCGCUGGAUCAGUGGGCGCGAUCGAGGAUGGUGGAUAUGAGUGACUAUGGGAUGUUGGUGCAGUAG